AUGGUGGUGCUGGAUGAUGUCGAAGUGGAAGUGGUUGACGUGGAGGUGGUCGUCAUCGAAGUGCUUGUUGUACCUGUGAUGCUGGUUGUAGUGCCGCUCGCAGUGCUGCUCGUGCUUGUGCGCGAAGAUGUGCUCGUGCUGGAGAUACUCGUUCUUGAGCUGCUAGUCGUCGUGGCGCUCGUGCUGCUUGAGCCGGUUGUGCUCCUCGUUGCACUGGUUGAGCUGCUGGUGAUUGUGGUGGAGCUUGUCGUUGUUGUGCUGGACAUGCUAGCGCUGGUGGUGCUCGAGCUUGUCGUGCUUGAGCUGGAUGUGCUGGUGCUGGUUGUGCUCGAGCUGGAUGUGCUGGUGCCGGUCGUGCUCGAGCUGGAUGUGCUGGUACUGCUUGUGCUCGAAAUUGUUGUGCUCGAGCUUGAUGUCCUGGUGCUGAUUGUGCUCGAGCGUGUUGUGCUCGAGCUGGAUGUGCUGGUGCUGCUUGUGCUCGAGCUGGAUGUGCCUGUGCUGCUGGUGCUCGAGCUGGUGCCGCUUGUGCUUGUGCUUGUUGUGCUCGAGCUGGUUGUACUCGAGCUGGUUUGGGUUGUGCUCGUCGUGCUGGAAGCGGUUGUGGUUGUGCUGGUUGUACUCGAGCUGGUUUGGGUUGAGCUUGUCGUAGUGGAGCUUGUCGUGCUCGUGCGUGUCGUGCUUAUGCUUGUUGUGCUCGAGCUGGUGGAGCUUGAGCUCAUGGAGCUCGAGCUCGUCGUGCUCGAGCUGCUUGUGCUCGUGCUUGUCAUGCUUGUGCUGGUUGUGCUCGAGCUGGUGCUGCUAGUGCUCGUGUUGGAUGUGGUGGAGCUUGUUGUGGUUGAGCUGGUAGUGCGCGAGCUCGUGGUGCUCGAGCUUGUUUUGCUGGAACUCGAUGUUGUACUUGUGCUUGAGCUUGUUGUGCUGGUGAUGCUGGUGCUCGAGCUGAUGGUAAUUGUGAGUGUUGUUGUCGUGAACUCACUGGAGCUUGUCGUGCUUGAGCUGGAUGUGCUGCUGCUGGUUGUGCUCGAGCUGGUCGUGCUGGCGCUGGUCGUGCUUGAGCUGGAUGUGCUGGUGCUGCUUGUGCUCGAGCGUGUUGUGCUCGAGCUGGAUGUGCUGGUGCUGCUUGUGCCCGAAAUUGUUGUGCUCGAACUGGAUGUGCUGGUGCUGCUUGUGCUCGAGCGUGUUAUGCUUGAGCUGGAUGUGCUGGUGCUGCUUGUGCUCGAGCUUGUUGCACUUGUGCUUGUUAUGCUCAAGCUGCUUGUGCUGGUGCUUGUUUCGCUCGAGCUUGUUGUGCUCGAGCUGCUUGUGGCCGUGCUGGUUGUGCUCGAGCUGGUCUUGGUUGAGCUUGUCGUGCUCGAGCUUGUCACGCUCGAGCUUGUUGUGGUCGAGCUAGUUGUGCUGGAGCUGGUGGAGCUUGAACUUGUGGUGCUUGAGUUGGUGCUGCUCGAGCUGCUCGUGCUAGAACUCGUUGUGCUUGAGCUGCUUGUGCUCGAGCUUGUCUUGCUUGAGCUACUGGUGCUUGAACUGCUUGUGCUCGAGCUCGUGGUGCUCGAGCUCGUGGUGCUUGAGCUGGUCGUGCUCCUGCUGCUUGUGCUCGUGCUGCUUGUGCUCGUGCUGCUUGUGCUCGUGCUUGUCGUGCUCGAGCUAGUUGUGCUAGAGCUGCUGGAGCUUGAGCUCUUGGUGCUUGAGCUGGUGCUGCUCGAGCUGCUAGUGCUAGAGCUCGUUGUGCUUGAGCUGCUUGUGCUCGAGCUUGUCGUGCUUGAGCUGCUGGUGCUCGAACUGCUUGUGCUCGAGCUCGUGGUUAUGGUGCUUGUUGUACUUGUGCUGGACGUGCUGCUGCUUGUUGUUUGGCUGGUUGUGGUCUGGGUGGUGCUGCUGGUAGUUCGGCUAGUGCUUGUGCUAGAUGUUGUACUGCUUGUGCUGCUCGUCGAGCUACUUGAAGAAGUAGUGGUGCUGGUCUGA